GGUUCUCUUCUUCUUCUUCUUCGCUAAUUUCCAAAUCAGCCCUCUUCCCUUGUCUUUGGAAACGCCUCUUCUUCUACUUUAUUCUCAUCACUUCGAAAACGUUCCCUUGCUUUCGUAACCCGCUUGUGGAUCCAAUUCUUGUCUCCGACCACGAAUUGGUCGAUCCAAUUGCUUGGUUCUGCAGGAAUCGUCGCGGAUCGUAAGAAUCGCUACCGAGAUAUUCCAGAGGUCCAAACGAAGAAAAACUUGUGGUCGGAACUUCUUUUGGCAGCCGGGGAUGGAGCAGUUUCGGCAGAUUGGUGAAGUCCUGGGAAGCCUCAAAGCUCUGAUGGUGUUCCGGGACGAGAUACACAUGAACCGGCGCCAGUGCUGCCUUCUGGUGGAUGCCUUCAAUGCUGCCUUUGAGGGGAUUGGCGAUGAGAUCCGGCACCACCUGAAAUUCGAGGAGAAGGUCACCAAGUGGAAGGCCCUCGAGCAACCCUUCAAGGAGCUCCACCGGAUCUUCAGGGAGGGGGAGCAAUACAUCAGGCAGUGCCUCGAGCCCAAGGACUGGUGGGGGAAAGCAAUUGCCCUCAGUCAGAGCACUGAUUGUGUCGAAUUCCAUCUCCACAACUUGCUAUGGUGCAUCCCUGUUGUGCUCGAGGCGAUCGAGAGAGUCGGAGAAAUGUCAGGGUCAGAUCAUGAAGAGAUCCACAAGAAGAGGGUGGUGUUCUCGAAGAAGUACGAGAGAGAGUGGAUGGAGCCGAAGCUCUUUCAGCACAAGUUUGGAAAAUUGUACCUGGUUUCACAGGACGUGUGUAGUAGGUUGGACAGUGCAUGGAAAGAGGAUAGGUGGAUUUUAUCUGAAAUGAUAGAGGAGAAGAGGAGUUCAGGGUUGAAACUGAUGACAAAGCAAGAGCAGCGGCUCGCAGAGCUACUGAUGGGUCCAAAAGGGAAGCUUUUCGCAACCUCGGUCCUUGUGGGAUCGCAGGACUACUACCAAGUGAAGAGGCGAUUCGGGUCAAGCAACUACAAGGAAGUCCAGUGGAUGGGGGAGAGUUUUGCUGUGAAGCAUGUCAUUGGAGAGAUUGAGCCACUAAUGAAUGAGAUCUCUCUCUUGACAUCGAUCAACCACCCAAAUGUGAUGCAUUGUAUGUACUCAUUCUACGAUGAAGAGAAGAAAGAGGGAUUUCUAGUUUUGGAUCUCAUGAGCAAGGAUCUCUCCGAUCAUAUCAAAGAGAUUUGUAGCUCUAGGAGAAGAAUCCCCUUCCCUCUGCUGGUGGCAGUGGACGUAAUGCUUCAGAUUGCAAGAGGAAUGGAGUACCUGCAUUCAAGAAAAAUACACCAUGGGGACUUGAACCCUUCCAAUGUCUUAGUUAGGACAAGGAGUUACUCUCCUGAUGGUUAUUUGCAUGUAAAGAUUACUGGAUUUGGUCUGUCACCUUUGAAGAAGUCAAAAGUUUCAGCAAACCAAUCAGCUACCAUGAAUUCAUGUAUCUGGUGUGCCCCAGAGGUUCUCUUAGAGCAGGACCUGUCAGGGGAAGCUGGUAGUAGUAAGUACACAGAGAAAGCAGAUGUUUAUAGCUUUGGAAUGAUAUGCUUCGAGUUGCUGACAGGAAAAAUUCCUUUUGAAGACAAUCAUCUUCAGGGGGAUAAGAUGAGCAAGAACAUAAGGGCGGGUGAAAGGCCACUGUUUCCAUUUCAAUGUCCAAAGUAUCUCACCAGCCUAACAAAAAGAUGCUGGCACGCCAAUCCCUCUCAACGGCCAAGCUUCUCUUCUCUUUGUAGAGUGCUCCGUUACACCAAGCGCUUUCUAAUUAUGAACCCCAAUCAUGACCAGCCUGAUCCAGUGGUACCUCCAGUGGAUUACUUUGAUAUUGAAACGAGUCUAUCAAAGAGAUUCACAAACUGGGCAAGAAAAGAAACCAUCCAGGUCUCAGAAAUUCCUUUUCAGAUGUAUGCCUAUAGGGUUAUAGAGAGGGAGAAAACUAGUCUUAAUGUCAAGGAUAAAAGUUCGGAAUCGGGAAGCGAGGAGGCAUCGAUUUGUGAAGAUGAGAAUGCAUUCGGUACAAUUCUCACAGAAGAUGUCUUGUCCCCCACUAUAGGUUCCGUGAGGUUGUUAUCUCAGGUGACUCCUGACUCCAACAAGAAGACAUUAGCGAAGAAAGCCAAUGGAAGGGUCAUCAGGCAAAUUGGACAGCACCAAAAAGGGAAAAUAGUGAAGCCACCGCAACCAAGUUGUGGGCGCGGUUUGCGGAUGAGCUCUGAGAGCCAGAUGCCAACGAUAGCAAUUAGCCCCGGACGGAGGACAUCCGGGCAUGUCUCAGAUUGAGAAGUAGCAGUAACAUUGACCAACUGCUCAUUGCUCUUUCAAAGAAAGACUGGCACGGGGUAGUUGCAGUCAGCAGCACACCAGGUGCUGCCCCAUGCCUGCACUAAUUGAGCAGCACACAAGUUUUCAUCCUGCAUAAUCUUAUGAGUGUGAAAUCGCCCUUUUGGAAAUCAAGAAAACCAUAACAGCUGCAUGUCCUUUUGGAGUUGCAUUUCCUUUUCGCAGCUGGUGAACUUUUUAUUCUUCAUUGUCAGGUGUUCGCUAUAGACUGCUUUCUUCUGUAGUACAAAAAAUGUAUUCAUGAUCAUAGCUGGUUAUAUUUUCUUCUUAGAUCCUUUGCCUCAGUUACUUGCGAUAAAGCAAAAGAUUUAAGGGCGACACGAUUCCUCAAACAAGAUAGUUGACUGCUUGAACUCAUGGUUCAAGUUCAGCAGCUGGGUCAUUUACAAAAGCAGUUCGCCUAAGGUGCAAAAGCAACCAGGCCUCUUAUAAAUUUGUUCGAUUUCUCUGCUGAACCAAUGGAGUUCGGCGUGCACAAGAUUCAUUUGGGAGGUUCUGAAUUUAAAAAUCGUUUUUUGGUUUUAUUAACUAGAAUGAUAUGUAACAUAGGAGCUUUCCACAAGGCUUCUUGCCAUAACAUUCAGAAAAAAAAAAAAAAAAA